UUAAGAGUACAUUUUGCAGGCUAGAUUUACCAUAUACCAUGCACUCAUAGCUAUUAACUACUUCAUCACCAUGCAGAUGUUUGAAGAUCAUGCUUUUAGUGGCAACCCAAUUGAUGUUCCAAGGGGAUGGAUAUGGGAUUUACCAAGACGACCUGUGUACUUUGGAACUUCUGUAACAUCAAUAUUCAGAGGUCUAUCAACAGAGGGGAUCCAGUACUGCUUUUGGAGAGGAUAUGUUUGUGUAAGGGGCUUUGACAGAAGUACAAGAGCGCCAAAACCCUUAAUCACAAGAUUGCACUUUCCUCAAAGCAAGAUGACGAAGGCCAAAAAUGAAGAGUGAUCGAGGACCAUGGUGCAGAGAAGAUUUUCUUCAGGAGAUCAGAUCACUUACUUUAUGAAAAGAAGAACAAUGACUAACAAAUUCUAGCAUAUUCAAUUAUUCUUCCUCUAGCAUGAGAGGCAUUCAUUAUACCGUAGGAAGGUAGGAGAAAGCAAAUUCAGAUAUAUUAGUUG